AUGUCCCGGGUUUUAUCAACUACAUGGCGAAUGGAGAAGGAUAAUGGGACUCUAGCUCAACACUAUCCAGAAUCGGAUCCUGGACUAGAUUUUGAGAAUUCUGGAACUGAAGAUGUUAUGAAUUCAUUACAUGAAGCCUUUAAGAAUAUUUCUGUUCCAUAUGAUACACCAUUUGAUAAUACGACACGAAAUGUUAUCAGUGGAUUCAUUGCUGUUAUUUGUGUUUUGGGCCUGGUUGGAAAUGGAAUGACAACUUAUAUUUUGGUGAAUUCCAUUAAGAGGAAUUCUUUUAUCACUUUCAUCCUGAAUCUCUCCAUCGCUGAUUUUGGGGUCCUCACAUCCCUCAUUAUGGCAACUGUAUUUGUAGUGGUGUCAUUUCUGGGUAAAAAAACUGACAUUGUCAAUACCAUUUCCUUCUUGAUUUUUGAGCUCUUUUUCUUCACCUAUUCUGCUAGCCAGUUUCUGCUGACGGCCAUCAGCCUGGACAGGUGUGUGGCUGUCCUCUUUCCACUCUGGCAUCGCUGCCAUCGUCCUCCAUAUUUGUCCACCCUGGUUUGUGGCCUCAUCUGGAUCCUCUCCUUCCUGCUCUCUGCAGUGCACUUCAUUCUCCAUCAGACCAGCAGCUCUGAAAGUUCACCUUUGCUUUUCCAGCUUAUUGUGAAUGGUUUGCUUUGUACACCUAUUAUGAUUGUGUCCACUGUGACCCUCUUGAUUCAUAUGAAGUCUAAAUCACAGUGCAAUCAAAGGAAGCUGCUCACCACCACCAUCUUGCUGGCUCUCCUUUGCUUCCUCCUUUUUUCUCUCCCAAUGAAUGUCUUUUAUGUCAUUGAAUAUUUUUGUCCUCAUUGUCUCAUCCUGAUGACCAUUGGGAUAGGAUGUGCAUCUCUCAACAGCAGUAUCAACCCUCUUCUUUAUUACUUAGUUGGGAGGAAAAAGAAGGGAAAGAAGCAGCCCAGAGCAUCAUACAAGGUUGCUCUACAAAGAGUCUUCAAGGAUGAGCAGGCAAAUCCAGAAGACCCGGGAAUCCCGAAGGAAGACAAGUUGUGA